AAACAGGUUUGGUGAUUUCGGUAAAUAUUUCCGUGUUUUCGGUAAAUAUUUCUUCAGUUCAGCCUCAGAGAGAGUUUAUCAACGAGCAGGUAACUCCUGCUGAAGAAACAUUCACAGAGUUGAAAGAAAUCAACGUUAAGAUCGAGGAAGAGAUGGAGGAUCAGCGCAGACUGAUGGAUUUUACUCGGACACCGAAGAUCAUCUUACACCGGAUAGAUCUCCCACAAUGCUGUGUGUUUAAAGAGGAGGAGGUUCUCAAUGAAACAGAACCACAGAGGAACCAACUCAUCUCUCAUGACUCUCCAGAAACUGAGAACCAGGAACAGGAAGGAAGCAAUUCUGAAGACCCAGGAAAUAAGAGAAAGGAUGAACAGAAACAAAAGGAGAAAUAUGAGAAAACCAAAGAGCAGAAAGGAAGAACCGACACUGAAAAACAAAAAAUGCACAAGAAAGCUCACGCAGGGCAAAAAUUAUAUUCUUGUAAAAUUUGUGAUAAAAUAUUUUCUCAAAACUGUAACUUGAUGAAACACAUGAUAACUCACACUGGAGAAAAACAAUUCAGUUGUUCAACCUGUGGGAAAAGUUACACACAAAAGACUGUUUUAAUUGAUCACUUGAAAAUUCACAGAGUUGAGAAGCUUUUCUCUUGUGGAUCGUGUGGAAAAAGUUUUUCUCAAAAAGGUCAUUUAAAUGUUCAUAUGAGAAUUCACACAGGUGCGAAGCCUUUCUCUUGUGGGACGUGUGGACAGUGUUUCACCCACAAAUCUAGUUUAAAUGGACAUAUGAGAAUUCACACAGGUGCGAAGCCUUUCUCUUGUGGGACGUGUGGAAAAAGCUUCUCUCGAAAAGAUCAUUUAAAUGUUCAUAUGAGAAUUCACACAGGUGAGAAGCCUUUCUCAUGUGGAACCUGUGGAAAAAGUUAUAGUGAAAAAGGGACUUUAUCUCAUCACUUGAGAAUUCACACAGGUGAGAAGCCUUUCUCUUGUGGGUCGUGUGGAAAAAGUUUUUCUCAAAAAGGUCAUUUAAAUGUUCAUAUGAGGAUUCACACAGGUGCGAAGCCUUUCUCUUGUGGGUCGUGUGGAAAAAGUUUUUCUCAAAAAGGUCAUUUAAAUGUUCAUAUGAGGAUUCACACAGGUGCGAAGCCUUUCUCUUGUGGGACGUGUGGAAAAAGUUACAGUGAAAAACGGACUUUAACUGAUCACUUGAGAAUUCACACAGGUGAGAAGCCUUUCUAUUGUCGGUCGUGUGGAAAAAGUUACAGUGAAAAAGUGACUUUAACUCGUCACAUGAGAAUUCACACGGGUGAGAAGCCUUUCUCUUGUGGGUCGUGUGGAAAAAGUUACAGUGAAAAACUGACUUUAACUCGUCACAUGAGAAUUCACACAGGUGAGAAGCCUUUCUAUUGUCGGUCGUGUGGAAAAAGUUACAGUGAAAAAGUGACUUUAACUCGUCACAUGAGAAUUCACACGGGUGAGAAGCCUUUCUCUUGUGGGUCGUGUGGAAAAAGUUACAGUGAAAAACUGACUUUAACUCGUCAUAUGAGAAUUCACACGGGUGAGAAGCCUUUCUCUUGUGGGACGUGUGGAAAAUGUUUCUCCCAAAAAAGUAGUUUAAAUGGACAUAUGAGAAUUCACACAGGUGCAAAGCCUUUCUCUUGUGGGUUGUGUGGACAGAGUUUCACCCACAAAUGCAGUUUAAAUGGACAUAUGCGGAUUCACACAGGUGAGAAGCCUUUCUCUUGUGGGUUCUGUGGAAAAAGUUUCUCCCAAAAAUGUCAUUUAAAUGGACAUAUGUGGAUUCACACAGGUAAAAAGACUUUCUCUUGUGGGUCGUGUGGACAGGGAUUCACCCAGAAAGACAGUUUAAAUCGUCAUAUGACAAUUCACACAGGUAAGAAGCCUUUCUCUUGUGGGACCUGUGGAAAAAGUUUCACCCAGAAAUCAACUUUAAAUGGUCAUAUGACAAUUCACACAGUUGAGAAACCUUUCUCGUGUGGUAGUUGUGGAAAAGGUUUCAGUUACAGAAGUAAUUUAUCUCGUCACAUGAAGACUCACUCUGAUGAGAAGCCAUAGGUCCAAAACAAAUCCGAUCCAUUUUGGCAUCUGAUCUUAUGGAAAAUCUGGUUUGAUGAUGUAAACAGGAAGUAGAAAAUGUUAAAGUCAACAGAUUCUUGCAGGCUGCUAGUGAUUCACUGUGACUGUGUCUUUCACUGUCUGACCAAAAUCAACCUGAGGUCUACUUUUACCUACCUGAUUGUUUUCCUUAAUCCAGUUUUUUGUUUUAAUUCUCAGUCGUAUUUGUACUUAAGAUCCCAUCAGUAUCCCAUUAGAUACUGAAGUUAAAGAGAGGAACACAUUCAGAAAGGAUUCAUUUCUGUGCAUUUCAGUUUUCAUGGAGUUCUGUACAUUGUAGAAUAAUUUAGUUUAUCUUUUACAUUUUUGACGUUUUUGUGUAUGACUGGAUGUAAAAUACUUUAGAAAUGGAAGCAGUGAAAUGUUCUUGUUUUUCCAUAAAUUAAACUCUAUAAUGUUUGUUUGAAAAAAUUUUAAAAAAUAAUUUUGAUCUGGUCAGAUUUUGAUUUAGAGCUAACCACAGAGAGGUUUUAUUUUCCUAAAUUUUUGUCAUUGUUAUACUUUGAUCGGAGAAGCAAAGUAUAUUAUUAAAAAGUUAUGUUUAAAUCUUCGCUAGU